AUGGUUGGCACAUUUUUGGCAUUCUUGUAUCUUCGCUCGGUGCUCCUGCUCUCAGUGUACACAUUUGCCGGCGUGGUGUUUGUGGUCAACACGACGACUUACGGGAUUGUAUCGAGUUACCCUUGUUUUAUUGACCUGUGGCUUAUGACAUCCAGCUUCACAAUGUGGCAUUCCACAUUCACUCUAUUGCUAGCGCGGCACUACGUCGUUUCCCGGACGCAUUACAACAUGGCAAAGCAGGCUCGAGUCAAUAUGGUGACACCAGACAACCUGAUCGAAUACCUAGCACAGCUGCAAUCGAAAACUCACCAGGCGUUUUGGUCUGAUCCUUCGGCGCAUAAACGAACGGGUUGCGCAGCCUCGGAGUCGUCUCAUGCCGGACCGGGAUGCAGGGAUUAUGAACAGACUAUUGCAAGCAACAACAUACAGUCUACUCUGGAGACAACCUCGAUCAACAUUUUAGUGUCUACUGAUAGCCUACCAGGAACGCCUGCGCAACAGAAAGAGUGGAGCGCUACACGCGGAUUCGAGGAGAUGGGCCCCAAUCCAGAUUGA